AAACUUCUCAAGUUUUAUAAUAUUCUUAACACUCUCUCUCUAAACACAACAGACGAAUAAUUCAAUCAAAUUGUUAUUGAGAUGGCCCUUGAAGCUUUGAAUUCUCCAACUGGUACUUCAAAUCCGCAGACGUUUAAAUUUGAGAGCAAAGGCCAGCAGCAGCUUCGGUACCUUGAGAAUUGGACUAAAGGGAAGAGAUCUAAGAGGUCACGGAGUAUGGAACGCCAGCCGACUGAAGAGGAAUAUUUGGCGCUUUGUUUGAUUAUGCUUGCGCGUAGCGAUGGCUCUGUUAAUCAGGUACGAUCUCUACCACCGCCGGUGCCAGUGAUGAAAAUCCACGCGCCGUCGGAGAAGAUGGAGUAUAAGUGUUCGGUUUGUGGUAAGGGAUUUGGAUCUUAUCAAGCUUUAGGAGGACAUAAAGCUAGUCACCGGAAACUCAUCGCUGGCGUCAGCGGCGGCGGAGAUGAUCAGUCAACUACCUCUACUACUACUAACGCUACCGGAACUACUAGCUCCGGUAACGGUAACGGUAGUGGAAGGACUCACGAGUGUUCGAUUUGUCACAAGUGUUUUCCUACUGGACAAGCUUUGGGAGGACACAAACGGUGUCACUACGACGGUGGUAACGGUAACGGUAACGGAAACCCUAACAGUAGCGUUAGCGCUAGCGUCGGAGUUACGUCGUCGGAGGGCGUGGGGUCAACAAUCAGCCACCGUGAUUUUGACUUGAACAUCCCGGCUUUGCCGGAAUUCUGGCCUGGAUUUGGUUCCGGCGAGGAUGAGGUGGAGAGUCCACAUCCGGCGAAGAAAUCACGGCUAUCUCUACCUCCAAAAUUUGAAUUAUUCCAACAUUAAUGUGACUUUGAUUGCUAGGAUUUACGAAUUUUUUAGACAAAUUAUAUGUAAUUUUUUCUUUUCAUUGUGGGUGGGAGUAAAAUUUUAAUUAAAUUAUAUAUGUAUAUAGGACCUAGCUAGUUAUAGUGAAAAUUCAAUUGAUUGAUUUAUUUUUUAUGGAA